CGCUGAAGCGUAUGACCUGUCUCUGGCCUUGGCGUGUAGCGUGGUGCUACUAGUUGGCGGUGUGUACCGGCAGCAGGACUUGUUUAGCGUUAACUAGCCAGGUGUUCACGUCCGACAAGUCGGCCAGGUAGCUGGGAACCGUCAGAGCGGAGCGGAGUCACAAUGCUGAAAUGUAGAACAGUAUGGAGAAAGCUUGCACCUCUAGCUAGAGCUUCAUCAACUGUGUGCAGACAGAAUGUGAGACGAACAGGAUUAACCCAUGGCCGACUACCAGCACAAGUUCCUGCGGCUCAUAUGUCCACUGGGCCUGCAGGGGGAGGCCGGGAAAACCAGCUGUACUUCCUUCUGGUUGGAGUAGCCUGCGUUGGAGGUGGAGUUUAUGCAUACCGAACUGUAAAGGGGGACCAACUACGAUAUCAGGACCGUAUUGAUGAGAUUGCUUCCAGACAAGAGAAGUUCAACACAGAAAAGCCAGACACACCCAGCGAGUCGGAGCCUCCCGCUGUGGAAGCCACUGAGACACAGGUUGUCCCUAAGCCAGAACCACAGGCAGAACCUGUACCAGAACCACAAGCAGAACCCUUACCAGAGGAGCCAAGCCCCCCUGUCCCUGACGCUGAAGUAGAAGCCCCCAGUGAAACAACUGAACCACCCCUAGCAGAAGAGCCAGUGGUAGAAGCCCCCCCAGAGGAGCCAGCAGAACCACAUGCUGUGCCUGUAGUUGAGGAGGAACCCUUGCCCCCAUCUGAGCCGUCCCCAAUCGAACUAACAGAGUCGCCACCGCCCCCUGAACCUCAUGUGGAGAGUGACCCUCCAGCAGAAGCAGCAGCAGAAAGCCCUGCAGCAGAGCCGCCUGAGCCUGAGCCUCAGCCUGAGCCUCAGCCUCAGCCUGAACUGGUGUCAGAGAGUGUAGGAGAGUCCACACCUGUCUCUCUCAAGGUCCCAUCGCACACCCCCUACCUUCUUAUUGGUGGAGGUACUGCCUCUUUUGCUGCUGCCCGCUCAAUCCGAGCUAGAGACCCAGGUGCUAAGGUACUUAUUGUGACUGAUGAGCCAGACCUUCCGUACAUGAGACCGCCUCUUUCUAAAGAACUUUGGUUCUCUGAUGACCCCAGUGUGACAGAAACACUGCGAUUCAAACAGUGGAAUGGAAAGGAAAGAAGUAUCUACUUCCAGCCGGCAUCAUUUUAUAUAAAUCCAGAAGAAUUGGAAGGUACAGAAAAUGGUGGAGUGGCUGUUCUCACUGGCAGAAAGGUGGUCCACAUGGACGUGAGAGGAAACAAGGUGAAACUUGACGACGAUACUGAGAUUUCAUAUGACAAGUGUUUGAUCGCUACAGGUGGUGUGCCAAGAAACCUGCAGGUCAUGGAGAGAGCAGGAGAGGAGGUGAUGAAGAGGACCACUUUGUUCCGGAAGGUUGAUGACUUUAAAUCUUUGGACAAGGUGUCCAGAAACAUAAAGUCCAUCACAAUCAUUGGAGGCGGCUUCUUGGGCAGCGAGCUGGCCUGUGCCCUCGGCAGGAGAUCAAAUGAUUCUGGCCUGGAGGUGAUUCAGAUGUACCCUGAGAAGGGAAACAUGGGGAAAGUGUUGCCUGAGUAUCUGAGCAACUGGACAACAGAAAAAGUCAAAAGAGAGGGUGUGAAAAUAAUCUCAGAAGCUCUGGUGAAAUCGGUGACCUUCAAAGAUGACAAGGUGGAAAUCCUGCUGAAAGAUGGCCGACUGGUCAAAACGGACCACAUAGUGGCGGCUGUUGGCCUGGAGCCCAAUGUUGACCUUGCAAAGUCAGCAGGUCUAGAGGUGGACUCUGACUUUGGUGGCUUUCGGGUCAAUGCAGAGCUGCAAGCUAGAUCCAAUAUUUGGGUGGCAGGAGACGCUGCGUGUUUCUAUGACAUCAGACUGGGCCGCAGACGAGUGGAGCACCAUGAUCACGCCGUUGUAAGCGGGAGACUCGCAGGGGAGAACAUGACGGGGGCCAACAAACCCUACUGGCAUCAGUCUAUGUUCUGGAGUGACCUGGGACCGGAUGUGGGAUACGAGGCGAUUGGGAUUGUUGACAGCAGCCUGCCAACAGUGGGAGUGUUUGCCAAAGCCACAUCCAAAGACACACCUAGAGCUGCCACAGAGAAGUCAGGGACAGGGAUCCGCUCGGAAAGUGAAACUGAGGACACAGCCACCAGCCCGGUCGCUUCUUCAACACCUGCUCCAUCUGUGGAGCAAAACAGAGACGACUAUGGGAAAGGAGUCAUCUUCUACCUGAGAGACAAAGUGGUGGUGGGCAUUAUCCUGUGGAACGUGUUUAACAGGAUGCCUAUUGCAAGAAAGAUAAUCAAAGAUGGAGAGGAACAUGCAGAUCUGAAUGAAGUAGCCAAGCUUUUCAACAUCCACGAGGAUUAAGAUGGUGACGGCUGAUACUCGUUACGCUUCAUGUUAAGACUGAACUCUGACAGCUGUUGCCAUGCGCUUACAGACAAACCUAAUCACACGAACAAAAAACGGAGAAUUCAUGUAAAUUAUGUUUUGUCGCUGGAAUAUUUUCGUAUUUGAAAUUUGUAUCUGCUGCACCUGUUGUGUUUGUUUGUCUUUUUCACACAUUUCAUCCUCUCUCUUCUGUCAACCAACUUUCUGCCUUUUUUUUUGGUUUUGUUUUUUCAAAUCAUGGUCAAGAUGUCUGCCUGCUUCUCUCCACCAGGCUAAAACAUGUCCGAGCAUGGAUUAUUGUUGUUUCCCUCUGUGUGAUCAGAGCAGCUUGUCAUGAGAGAAGCUGCAAUAAAAGCUAUUUUUAAAUUGGA